UCUGGCUGGUCAGGCGCAGCAGCUCUCUCUCCGUGGAUCCUCCCACUAAGGAGAGUGACACGCCAUUCAAUUGCUGCCUGGCCCUGUGCUUGUAGGAAGCAGGAGGGAGCCUUCUCGUGCAGAAGGGCAAUAAUAUUAUCUGAUAGAAACCGAAUACAUCGGCGUUGCGUGAAGCGUAAGUUGAGCCGAACCGUGUCGACAUGGGGAUCAGAAAAAAGAGUAACAAGAAUCCGCCGGUGCUGAGCCAUGAGUUUGUCAUCCAGAAUCAUGCAGAUAUUGUUUCCUGUGUUGCUAUGGUGUUCCUCCUCGGGCUGAUGUUUGAGGUCACCUCAAAGUUUGCAGUGUUAUUCAUAACUGUCCAGUACAAUGUCACCAUAUCAACAAAUGAAGGCCCAGAGGAGACAGCUGUGAACCACUUUCACCAUGGCAUCAAGGACUUGGCCACUAUCUUUUUCUACAUGCUGGUGGCCAUCAUCAUGCACGCCAUUAUCCAGGAAUAUGUGCUGGAUAAAAUCAACAGGAAGAAGCACUUCUCUAAAACCAAGCACAGCAAGUUCAACGAGUCAGGCCAACUCAGUGCAUUCUACUUUUUCUCCUUUGGCUGGGGCACAAGCAUCCUGCUCUCUGAGAAUUUCCUAUCCAUUCCAGUCACCCUGUGGGAGGGAUAUCCCCAUACACUAAUGCCAUUCCAGAUGAAAUUCUACUAUAUUUGUCAGCUGGGCUACUGGUUACACGCUCUCCCAGAAUUGUACUUCCAAAAGACAAAGAAGGAGGAUAUUCCACGCCAACUUGUGUACAUCUUCCUGUAUCUGGUCCACAUUGCCGGCUCCUACAUUCUGAAUCUGAACCGUCUGUGUCUGGUCCUGCUUGUGUUGCACUACUUUGUGGAGCUACUCUUCCACAUUUCCCGCCUCAUCUACUUCAGCAACGAGACCAGACAAACUGGUUUCACCAUAUGGGCCGUAGUGUUUGUCCUUGGGCGGUUGCUCACUCUGUCCUUGUCUGUCCUCACCGUGGGCUUUGGUCUUGCCACAGCUGAGAAUCAAGGCUUUGAUUUGGCUGCAGGAAACUUUAAUGUUCUUUUUGUCCGAAUAACUGUCCUGGCCGCUAUCUGCCUCACUCAGGCCUUCAUGAUGUGGAAAUUUAUCAACUUUCAGCUGCGCAGGUGGAGGGAGCAUGCCCAAGCUCAGACCUUGAAAAAGAAACAAGUUCCUUCUAAGAGCAAAUCAAAGAAAGACAAAGCCAAUGGAGUAAAUGGAGUGAACUCCCAUGGAGCUGAUUCACCAAGAGCAAGAAAAGAGAAGUCAUCAUAAAUACAUUCCCCUCAGCCCAUCCUAUCAACCCCUUCUCAAACAAGCAUCUCUCGCCGAGCAUCCAUGGCUGUGCCCAACCAACAGAUCCUCCAGUUUGCCACCCUGAUAUCAAUUUUUAGCUCCCACACAGGACUGACCUCCCAGCUGGACUUGAAGGGCCAGAAUGCAUUUAGCUUUGCUUGUCAUC